UGAGAGUGGGGCAGGCAGUGAGGCUGGCACUGCUGGCACUGCUGGCACUGCUGGCACUGCUGGCACUGCCGGCUGCUGAUGCCGUGGCAGCAGUGAAGGACCCGCUGCUGAACGUCUGCAUGGAUGCCAAACACCACAAAAGCGAGCCGGGCCCCGAGGGGAAGCUGUUUGAGCAGUGCUCCCCCUGGAAGGACAACGCCUGCUGCACGGCCAACACCAGCUCAGAGGCCCACAAGGACCAGUCCUACCUCUACAACUUCAACUGGAACCACUGCGGGGUGAUGCCACCCAAAUGCAAGCGCCACUUCAUCCAGGACACGUGCCUGUACGAGUGCUCACCCAACCUGGGGCCCUGGAUUGAGAAGGCUGACAGCAGCUGGCGUCGGGAGAGGAUUCUGCACGUGCCCCUCUGCAGGGAGGACUGCGAGCAGUGGUGGGAGGACUGCAGGGACGCCGUCACCUGCAAAGAGAACUGGCACAAGGGCUGGAACUGGGCAACAGGAACGAACCGCUGCCCCUGGGGCUCCGUGUGCAGACCCUUCAGCGAGGUCUUCCCCCGACCCAAAGACCUGUGUGAGAAGAUCUGGUCCAACUCCUUCAAAUACAGCGGCGAGCGCCGGGGCAGCGGGCGCUGCAUCCAGAUGUGGUUCGACCCUGCCCAGGGGAACCCCAACGUGGCCGUGGCCAAACACUUUGCUUGGAGAAAGAGAUGCUCCCCUGCUCGGGGGGACCGCGUGGCUCCGGAGAGCGAUGGCGCCGUGCGUGCCCUGCCGGGGUCUGUGCUGCUCCUGCUGCCCCUGGCCCUGCUGCUGCUCCCCGAGGGGCUGGGGGGUGCCCAGAUGGGGGUCCCUGUGACCCCUCUGUGA